UACGAUACAUGCUCGCGCGCGCCAUUCUGACCCCCAAUCGCCAGCUCCACCACCUCUCCGAGGUGACGCAGCAUUGCCGUUAUCGUCGAGCGCUAUCAUUGCCGUUAUCCUUCCUCACUUCGAACCCUAUCUUUCCACACUAGCCCCCAAUGCCGCCGCCAGCCGUCCAUCUCCCUCCAGGCGCCCGUCGCACACCGUCGCGCAACAGUCGCACGGCCAGGCGACGCCGCGCACCCGUAAGCGAUGGCGCGUCGCCAAUGGCCGGAGUCCCGCCUGGGGACGGGGGAGCCGGUAGGCUCGAUGUGGUCGGGGGAGAGGCGGAACGGGCGCACGACGGCUCAAGGAGUGCGCGGGGGAGGGAAGCGGCGGAAGCGGAGGGCGGAAGCGGCAGGAAGAGAGGACGGGGGGCAGGGCACGCGGCGGGGGAAGGACGGUCGGGGAAUGAAGGGGACGCGGAAGCGAGGGGGGAGGGGCAGUCGGAUGUGUCUCGGUUCCUGCGAUCAUGGGUGUGGAAGCGCGAGGGCAAGCCCGACGUGGACCGCUUUGACCGCCCGUACAUGCACGUCAUCGCACGGCCCUUCUGCACGCUCCACCCUGAUCACUGCCACCCACCGCCACCCCACCCCUCCCACCCCCCUGCCGCACCACACCAAGUUUUCGCCGCAUCCCCCGCGUCCGCCCCCGAGUGCGCGUGCGAGCAGCAGCGCGUGGUGACCAUCGCACAGCAGCGGUUCGGGCCCCUGGGGUUCGCCUCCACAGUGUGGGACAGCUCCAUAGUAGCGGGCAAGUAUUUCGAGCGGCACGCACACCUGGUGCGCAGCAAGACGUGCAUUGAACUCGGGGCUGGCUGCGGCCUGCUUGGCAUCUCGCUGGCAGUGCUGGGGGCGCGGGCAGUGGUGCUGACGGACAUGCCCGGCAACCUGCCGUUGCUGCACCGCAACGUGCACGCCAACGACCUGCACCACACCGUGCACGUCAAGGCCCUCACCUGGGGCAGUGCUCAGGAUGCCUGUGCCCUACCAACCCCUGCUGCCGCUGCUGCUGCUGAACCUCCCACGCUCGCUCAGGCCCCCCCAACCACACCGAGCACCGAACCACCCAGAGGCAACCCCUCCACCAAGCAACCCCACAGCAGGGCAGCAGCUGUCCCCUGCGCAUCCGGCGGUCCCCCAACGUUUGACCUGGUGGUGGCGACAGACGUGGUGUACGACCACGGCGCCAUCGCGCCCCUCGUUGACACACUGGCCAUGCUGUGCGGGCCGCGCACGUCAGUGUUCAUUGCGCACGGCAGGAACCGGCAGGCCCUGGCGGAGUUUCUGAGGCGUGUGGGGGAGAGGUUCAGGGUGAGGGAGGUGGCGUGGGAAGAGAUGCACGAGACGUACCGCUGUGAGGACGUGCAGAUGAUGGAGCUCACGCUGCACCAGUAGGGCAGAGGGGCACAUGCAGAUGUGCAUGUGCAUGGUAUAGAGUUGGCGGGCGUGACAUCGGGUCAGUCCAGGACCCCCCUAAUGGUGUAAGACGUUCUUGACUGAUUCCAAUCCAACGCAUCCUGCUUUUGAUUCU